CCCUUUGCAUGACCUGUCCCGUCUUCUCGGUACCAGCUGCCUCCAUUCCUUCCGCUACACGUCCCCACUUUCGUUUUGUUAAGUAAGAGGCAGAGCCUGACAUUCAAAUCCUCAUACCUCAUCGAUUGUCAAUCGAAACUAUCACAUCCGUUUGGUAUCCACACAGCAUGGUCAACAUGGCGCCUCUCUUGCGCCCACGAAGACUCGAUGGCACAACAAAACCCAACACCGACGCUCUUGGUAUCUUCUAUGUCGUCGUUGCCAUAUUGUACACACUGAUACUGGGUGUGGAGCUCUUCUUCCUACAUCGACGUAGAGAAGCCUUUUGCCUGCAGAUAAGAAAUCUCAAGGUCGUCUUUGCAGCAGUGCUUAUGCUACAUAUUUAUCUCAUCCUCGUCCUGCUCGUUUACCCUUGGAAUGGCCUCUUUCCGUGCUCAGCCGAAUUCUGGAUUAUGUCAGUAUUUCUCCCGUCUGGCAUGGCAUUCUUCCAAGCCUGCAAUGCCAAAGUGCUCACAGCAUAUGAGAGCCAGCGUCGGAUGACACGCAACUUUCUGGAGGGUGCGCGCAGGAAGCGGAUAUCUUACACCCCUCUUGGCCUGUACGAAGCAUGGCGCGAUCUUGAUGCGGCAAAGAAAGUGUACUUUGGAACUCUAGUCGGAUUAGUGCUUUCGUUCCUACCAGCCAUCAUGUUGUUUUUCGGCUCCCGUCGUUUCCAUGAUGCCUACGGUUUCUUUGGUGUUCCGGCCAAUUACUUUGAGUGCCGCAGAGGAGGCGAGUGGAUCCCUUCAAUAUUUGUGCAGCUAUUCUGGACGAUGAUUGUUGGACCUUGGAUACUGUGGAAAAUCCGUAACAUCAAGGACGUUCACUCUUGGGCCUGGCAAACGAGACUUGCAAUCAUUGCCGGCCUUCCCGGGACGCCUCUGUGGAUCGCAUUCACGUACUCUGACAUGUCCAAAGUCCAGCACAUCAACAAAUUCUUCGCACCAGCUGGAUGGUUCAUACCGUCACUAGUAGUCUGUCAACAGGUUCUGAUCAUCAUACCACUCCGAGACGCAUUGAGGGCCCGCCCCAAUCGACGAGCAUCCAUAUCCGAAACUGACUCGCUUACCUCCAAUCACUCGGUCAUGUCCGAAAAAUCGACCACUGUGGUUUUCACCAAGGAGAUGAGGUCCAAGACGUCGAUGCAGUCGCUAGAGUUCACUAUUCAGCAUAGUAUCGAACCGCUUAUCGCCUGGGCUGCUGCUCGUGAAUUCACCGCCGAGAACUGCAUCUUCCUGCGCGAGGUGCGCAACUUCAAGAAGAAAUGGGGUGGCCUGAAGGUUGUCACCACUUCUCAACGGCGGCAGAUGUUCAACGAAGCGUCUUUGCUUUUCUACACGCUCGUCAACCCCUUCACUGCAGAGGCACCAAUCAACAUCGAAUACAAGGUUUUCAAGACACUACAGGUCAUGUUCGCAGACGUGGAAUUCGAUCCAUAUAUGCCACGCAGCCAGACACCUGAUGAUGUCAAGUCACCGGUCAUUCGAGAGAACGUCGUCUGCCCAUGGGAGGAUACCUUGAGCCGACCAGCGAGUAUCGACUCCAGCAUCACAUCCUCGUCAACGGCGAGCACACGGACGAUAGUCCCGAGCGAAUUCACGGAAGACGUCUUCGAUGCUGCUUUUGAAAGCAUCAAGUACCUUGUCUUCACCAAUACCUGGCCGCGCUAUGUGGAGCUCGCAGGCAAGCUCCCAUCGCCAUAAACUAAUCGCUACGAGACAUCGUCGUCGAUGUCAGUCCAUGAUCUGGCAGAGCUAGAUCUUUCAUUUUGUUCAUACUCUCAUUAGUACCGAUUGGGAAUAGAGUCCAAUAUCUCUGAACUGUCUUGCAAGGCUUCGUCACGGUAACAUCUACCAUUCCUCUCUCUCUUUCCUGGUUCGUCCAUCUUGUUACAUAGUUUGAUUUGAUUGCUUUCGGAUAGGAAAUACCCUCAAUGGCACGGCGUCCCUUUCUCAUCUGCUAUCUCAACAGUGUCACGUACCCCCAUCUGAUGUUCACUUGUCAU